AUGACAUCGUCACCAGCUGCUAUAAAUGACGAUUCACCAUCGUCACUUUUGCUGGCACAAAUGCAAGCUCGCAGACGGCACCAACAACAGGCAUACGAAUGGCGAUCCAAAGCAGGUCAUGGUCAUGACAUCAAAGAUAAGCUUCAGAGCAACAGUCGUAAUCAAUCCACCACCACCACAGCCAAACAUCAAUCAAGUCAACCAUCAUCGCCAACCUUACGCAUGAAAUUUAAAUUCAAUCCAAAAGACAUAAAAGGUGGCACUACAGGUGGCAACGACAUCAAUUUAUCUCAACUUCUAACCAGUGAGUAUGAUCACGUGGAAAAUCUAUGGAAAUUAUACAACAAAGCAAGAGACUCGUUGCCGUACAAUACUAGGAUGGAAAAUCUAACAUGGAGAAUGAUGCAUCUUACGAGUAAAUCGAGUUAUAAUCGAUGCAGGGUUGAAACAAGAACUCAUCAACAGGAACCUCAAUCCCGAGACAGAAUCAAUCACGACAAUGCAUGGCUUGAUGACGUUGACAUACUCGAUAUGUUUGGGGACAAAACUUUGCAGUCAGACUCAAUGAAUCGAUAUGGUAUAUCAACCCCACCUUUACAAUCAACAGUACAAAGCAAAAACUCAACUCACACUAGAUCCUAUCAUCAACAAAGUCAAGUUCAAUCGCAUCAGCACUCCACUUCCACAUCAUCAUCCACCAAAUCGUACUCUCCGAAUACUAACCAUUUAAAUUUCAAAUCCAACAGCAUAAAUCCUAAUGAUGAUAAUUUCGAUUACGUUUCCCAUAUUAAAAAUUUGGGAGCUGGAAGUUUCGCAUCGCCGAGAAAUACGGACAGGUCCAAUAGAGACACAGGUGAUUAUGGAUCAGGUGGUGGAAUGACAUCCAUCAGCAAUAUCCCCAAAAAGCGCCUGGCUCAAUUUUCACCAUUGUUUUCAGCAAUAGGCUCGCAACAUCAACACCAACAGCAACAAGGUAGAACAAUUUCAAACUUGUCUCAACAAUUACAUGACUAUGAUAAGUUUGGUCUUGAGCUUUCCGGACACCAUUAUGAACAACAUCAAGGUUCUACUUCUUUACCAUCAAGGAAUACCCAUAGUUUUCAAUAUCCACAAGUAUCCUCGUCAUCAUUUGAGUUUUCAUUAGAUCCAUUGGCAUUUGAAGGUCCCAAUGACAACUUUCGUGAUGUCAAUAUGAACUCUAUGUCAGGUAGCUUUGCAUCUUCAUAUGAAAAGCCGUUAUUUGAUGAUUUUGUUCAUUCACCAACUACAAACAGUGGUGUAGAAUCUUUAUCAUCGUCACUUUCAACGAUAAUACCGUCAAGUACCCAACUAAGCUCAAUGAGCCAACCAACUUCAGUUAAUCCAAGAAGAUCAAUCACGGCAACUCCGUCCAACUUAUUACGUCAAGAGUCCCUUGUGUCCUUACCUGAGUAUGCUGAUUUUCACAAUAGUUACCCCAACCGUUCACAUUACAUGAAUGACACUUUUAUGAACCGAUCAACAAUGGUUACACCAAUACAACAACACCAACAACAAUUCUCACGGAGUCUCAAUCAGAAUGAACCAUUCAUUAAUCUGUCUUUGCCAAAUCACACUGAUAUCAAGAUCACAUUACCUAGUCAAACCAGCCACAAUUUUUUCGAUGACGCAAGUGGUCCCUCACCACCACCAGGCAAGAAAACAAGGAAACCCAAACUGACUAAACAGAUCAGUAAAGGGAAAUUUCAAUCCGAUGCAAACGAAGGUGACUCAAAUCGAACAUCAACAAGCAACCCCAGCGAGAGUGGACAAACUUGUUCAAAUUGUCAAACAAAAACAACCCCACUAUGGCGACGUAACCCAGAAGGACAACCACUCUGCAAUGCCUGUGGUCUUUUCUUAAAAUUACAUGGCGUUACGCGUCCACUUAGUCUAAAGACCGACAUAAUCAAAAAACGUCAAAGAACAACAACAACAACAACAACAGGAACCAAGAAAGAUGACAAUGACGGUGAUGAUCUAAACCCCACCUCAUUAAAGAAAGAUGAUCGCAGGCUGAGUAAUCCAGCAUCCUCCUCCUCCUCCUUUUCUGGUGUAAGAAAGACACGUCGACCAAGUAUCAAAAGAAACAAGUCAAGUACCAAAGUCGCUGAAAAUGUUUUGUCGAGAAACAUAAAUCGUUCAUUGUCGAGUAGUCCCAUGAAUGUACCGCCAGGAACAACAACUAGUGCGACAUCAUUUGCUAAUGCUCCACUGCAGAAGUUGUCCUAUAAUGAACUGGUUGUUGAUAAUUCGGGGUUGGGUAAUGAAUACGACUGGUUAAGGUAUUGA